AAAUUCAGUUGGCCUUGAAACACCUAGCACUCCUACAACAACAUCCGAAAUGUGGAAAGGACACAAGGAAAAACCCACUUCCACCCGUUCGAUGGCCAGGGAAGUUGUCCACCCUGAGAGGCCUUUGCCGCCGUGGAGUCGGCUUCUGGAGCACAAUGCAGAAGGUUGUCUGCGGAAGAGAAGUGGGGAAAAGGAGGAGCACUACGAGGUGGAGAUCUCCAACCACUUGUGGUCACUCUGGGGCAGCACACAGCAAGUGAAACCCGGGGAAAACAGUUCCUCGUCGGAGGCCGCAUCCGGAAGUACCUCGCCUCCUGGCCAGGCAUUGGCAUGCUGCGUGUUAGCCUGUUGUGCAGGCAGUUAUCAGUCCUUGGAUUCCUGGAACUCCAGCGCGCUGGACAAGAUCAUGUCGAAUGGGCGGUGCUACUAUGACGAAAGCUUGGCGACCAGGCAACAUUGGAAUCGUACAGGACAGCUCUGCCUGGAGUGCCUGAACACCACCUGCUUCCUCGAUGGUCACGAGUUUUGGGUGGACAUCGAAAAGCUCUGUACCGGCAAAUUGUACAGCAGAACCAAGAGCCUGGGAUCCGCACUGAGUAAGUUCUUCGGCCAGCAUCUGCAAACGGGAAUUCUUCAGCUGAGGGAUCAGGCUCUGGCCUUUGGGUUUAUCCCAGAGUUUGCCUCCGGAGGAGCCUUCUUCCUCUUCCACUGCCAGGCGAGGGGAAGGCCCCUUUUCAAGGACUGCGAAAGUGCCCCGUAUGUGCUCAGGAUGCGAAAGCUGCAGCAACUGCUCUACUGCAUGCUCAUCACGUUGGACGAGAGGCGCCACAAUGUGCCCUUCAGGAUCUACAAGGUGGGAUGUGUGCCCCGUGCCAAUUAGCUGGAUGUGGCCAAGCUAGAUAUGCAUAUCCACCCCUUAAAAUUUAAUCGCACCAGGCCACUGAAUUAAAUAAUUAAAUUUAUAGUGCACUAUUAAGGCCUAAAAACUCAUCAUAUUGAUAGAUACACAAAUGUACAGUGCCUGAGAAGUCACCGACUUGAGCUAACGUAACCCACGUUAAGUAUACACUUUGCCAGGCAAAUCAAGAGUAAUUGUCUCACAUCACUGCGCUUGACAUUGCAUUUGAUUUGAGGAGCGUUCGUUUGCCUUCUUCAUGGUGCGGUGCUGUUUGUAUCCACAUGUAUGGUCAGCAAGCGGAAAUGAGUUCAGUCUUUCAUUCAAUUGGCGAAAUUCGUUAAUUGGCAACCACGCAAAUUCAAAAUAUCCGCAAAACUCCCUUUUCGCGAAUCGCAAUGACAUUUGACCCCGUCAAUUGAGCGUAGGAUUUGCAGGGCUUAAAGACUGGAUGCUAAGACA